AUGGCUCCUACCUUCAGCCCUGGCCCAGACAUCACCAUGGAUACAGAUAACAGAAUAUGCCACUUUGGUCUGUAUGGCCCCAGGUGUGGCAUGGACCUUGGGAAACAACAUAGUCACAGGUUGGUUGGUCAGAACCCAGAAACCACACAGUCCUUGGUUGCAAUAGGAGCCACAGACAUUGGCCCAGAUCCUGAUUGUUAUAGGGCCUUGGAACCAGCCAUGGCCCUCUGCAGGAUCUCAGGCCUGGAUGACACUAUGGCCUUGGAUGGCAGCACAGGCCACACAGAUCACUGUGGCUCUGCAGCAAGAUCAAUAUGUUUAAGUCAAUUGCUUACCUCCUACCAGUCUGAUUAUUUUAAGCUGUUGAUGCCCCAGAUGGUUUCCUGGAUUAAAACAUUGUGCUACUAUGGGGAGAUCAAUGAUCCAAAAAUGAAUGAUAUGAUCUUGGUGAACACAGCUGAGUUUGUUGGGUCAUUUUGUUUAAAGUCCUUGUGUGAGCCAGGUGGUCUUGACAGAAAGUUUCAUGUGUUCAUAUCUCAAUUUCUUUGCAGGAAUACCAGUGGAAAUUUCUCAAGCAUGGGUCCAUCCAUCCCAGCCUGGAUCACUGACUACAACACAACAACGAAUAGAAGUUACUACACUGGAAACUUACAAUGUGUCACCAUGUACAAAAUCUUCAAUAUUCUUUCUGUCAUCAUUUGCAUGGUUGGGCUGGCAGGAAAUGCCAUAGUGCUGUGGCUUCUGGGCUUCCAUGUGCACAGGAAUGCCUUCUCUGUCUAUGUCCUCAACCUGGCUGGGGCUGAUUUUCUUUACCUUUGCUUUCAGACUGUGUUUUCCCUGAGACAAAUCCUUUUAUUGUUUGAUGUCAACUACUUCCAUAUUCCAUAUUUCACCCGUAUAUUAAUCUUUGCUUACCUUGCAGGUUUAUGUAUGAUUACAGCCAUCAGUGUUGAGCGAUGUCUGUCUGUUUUGUGGCCCAUUUGGUAUCACUGCAAACGACCAAGAUACACGUCAUCUGUCAUGUGUGCCCUGCUCUGGGCCUUCACUCUACUGUUAAGCCUGCUGUGGUUUGGUUGCAGUUUACUGCCUAGUGAAGACAAUUACUAUUUCUGUUUGACUGUUACUUUGUCCACUUUUGUAUUUAUAAUAGUACUAUCUGUGUUUCCUUGUGUAUUCAACCUGGCCCUGUUGGUCAGGAUCUUCUGUGGCUCACAGAAGAUUCCUGUGACCAGGUUGUAUGUGACCAUUGCACUCACAGUGCUGGUCUUCUUACUCUUUGGUCUGCCCUUUGGUAUGUACUGGAUAAUUUUCCUUUCAAGUGGAAAGUGGCCUAGUGUUUUCUCUUGCAAAAGUUAUGAAAUUACAUCUUUCCUGUCCUGUGUUAACAGCUGUGCCAACCCCAUCAUUUACUUCCUUGUUGGCUCCAUUAGGCAUUGCAGGUUCCAGAGGCAGUCUCUGAAGAUUCUUCUGCAGAGAGCCAUGCAGGACACUCCUGAGAACGAAGAUGGAGAGAGGGCUUCUUCAGGAAACACUGGACAGCAGGAAACAGGCUUGUGUAGUAGUUGA